GGGAUCCAAGAUGCGUCCCAAAUUUCGGAGUCGGGUUUGAGUCUGGUUCGUUCGCAUGCACACAUCUGCCCAUGACCCCACCCAGACGCCUUCAACUCGAACUCUGCUUUUUUCCCUUGGCACGCUUCAUUUCUUUUAUACGUUUCUGCUGAUCCUUAUGCUUACAUAUGUGUUGUAUGUAACUACUAGUUUGGUGUAACAGAGUCUUCUGUCAAUUUACACAUCCCCUGAAACUGCUCAUAUCUCAAUUCUGAGACAAAAGUGUACGAUUAGAUUGUUAAUUCGCAAUUUCAAAUUGAUCUAAAUCCAAUUGUUGUUGUUCGUGAAGAGCUAGGUUUUUAAAUUAUUUUUUCUUCUCAUAAUUCAAUUCAUUGAACGAAGAGAAUGCAGCAGGAUUCUGCGUCCGAACAGGAACCGGACGAUUCUGAAUCUGAACCGGAGUUUGUCGAGCUCGAUCCUUCUGGUCGUUACGGCCGGUACAAAGAGGUUUUGGGAAAAGGAGCUUUCAAGAAAGUUUAUCGAGCAUUUGAUGAAUUAGAGGGGAUUGAAGUUGCUUGGAAUCAAGUUAAAGUGGCUGAUCUCUUGAGGAAUUCUGUGGACUUGGAGCGUCUAUAUUCUGAAGUUCAUUUGCUUAAAACCCUCAAACACAAGAAUAUCAUCAAAUUCUAUAACUCGUGGGUUGACUCGAAAAAUGAGAAUAUCAACAUCAUUACUGAAAUUUUCACUUCCGGGACUUUAAGACAGUACCGUAAGAAACAUAAGAAGGUUGAUGUUAGAGCACUCAAGAAUUGGUCUAGGCAAAUAUUGGAGGGUCUCUCAUAUCUACAUGGUCAUGACCCUCCAAUUAUUCACCGUGAUCUUAAGUGUGAUAACAUUUUUAUCAAUGGUAACCAAGGGGAGGUUAAGAUUGGUGACUUGGGACUUGCUGCAAUUCUUUGUAAGGCUCGCGCUGCUCAUAGUGUCAUUGGUACACCAGAAUUCAUGGCGCCAGAACUUUAUGAGGAGGAAUACGAUGAGCUAGUAGAUAUCUAUGCCUUUGGUAUGUGCCUGCUGGAGCUCGUGACUUUUGAGUAUCCUUAUGUUGAGUGUUUCAAUGCUGCUCAAAUAUAUAAGAAAGUGACAGCAGGAAUUAAGCCUGCCUCAUUGGCAAAAGUGAAGGAUCCAGGAGUUAAAGCCUUUAUAGAUAAAUGUAUCGCGAAAGCUUCUGAUCGGUUGCCUGCUAAGGAACUAUUGAUGGACCCCUUUCUCCUUUCAGAUGAGGAUUCUGGAAAUGUAGGUCGAUCUUUGAGCUCCAAUUCCAGACAUGCAGAAAUGAGGGAUGAUCAGUCUGAUAAUGGAAAAAGUACUAAGGACCCUUUGCCCGAGGGAGGUAGAGAUUUCACGGUGCAGGGGCAAAGGAAGGACCUAAAUACAAUAUUUCUUAAACUGCGAAUAACUGAUUCAACAGGUCAUAUUAGGAACAUUCACUUCCCCUUUGAUAUUCAAGUUGAUACGGCAAAUGCCGUUGCUAGUGAAAUGGUUGAAGAGCUGGACCUGACAGAUCAGGAUGUUUCAGCAAUAGCAGCAAUGAUUGAUUCUGAAAUUCGGUCAUAUAUCCCAGAUUGGGCACCAAGAGAAUGCUCUAGCAAUGACAUAACUGAUGAAGUUGCUCCAGAUAGCUGUACUUCUGGAGCCCGAGAUGAUGUUCCCCCCUUAACAAUUGAUUCUGCUCAUUCGGGCAGUCUUGUGUUGGAAAGACUUCCUUCAGGUCGGAAGUAC